AUCCCCUGACAGCGGGGACACACGGGGGGUCACGGGAGCGGCGACUCGUCAAUGGGAAACGUCCAUCACCCUCAUUUGAAUGUCAGACCUGGGCAUGUAUGGAGAAAGGUUAGAGUACAGAUACACAGGACGUGUGGACAAUAUGGGCUCACAUUAUAGAUUCAUGAGUGUAAAGGGUGUUAGUGUUAGCGUAGCCGUGUGAUGUGUAGGGCCUUUCAUACGUGUGACGGCAUCUGUGAGUUUUGCGGGCAGACGCAGGUGAACGGACCGGACCAUGGGAGCGAGGCGUGGAGCUAGCCGGGACUGAAUCCACCUGUGUCCGGGUCACACAGAGCGGUGUAUCGAUGGCCAGGUUUGGUAACGCCAGGCAAGAGGACAAAACCACGGCAGGGAAGAAGGGAUCUGAAAAGGUGAAACACAGAGCGUCUCAGCCCUUUGAGAAGAUAUCGGGAUGGGACUUCAUCACAGAGUUUGACGACUUGAGUUUGGACGUAUGGGCGAAACAAACCUCCCAAAACAGACAGAGUAACACCAGACGAAAUGAGAAGAUCCCUGCGAAGUACCUCUGUACCACUGAGACUAGAUGCUCGGGGCUGCAGAGUCCGGCGGAGUUCUGUACAGUAACCAUCGCUGACGAACUCAAACAGACCACACAACUCAUCAACCAUGACGCCGGGCACAGGGACGACUUCACCAUCCAGAAACGUGCAAUAGAGAAGGAGCUGGUGGCACAAAGAGGCACCAGAUCUGACCAUCACAAUGGGAAAAAUCAAUCAACAAAAUCAUCACCAGCGAAGAAUGAUAGUUCGAAUUCUAGACUAACCCAUAAUGGGUCCACAAAACAUGAACAUCUAGAUGGGCAGAGAGGAUCUUUCAAUUCUUCUACAUUUUCUAAACUGUUGAGCAUAUCGUCAAGUAGACACCAAGAGAGUGAUCAUGUAUCCAGAGAAUCCAACAGCCAUCUUGCCGACAGUGUAAACGAGGAGCAAGUAGGUAUAAAAUCGACCUCUUCGACAGCUUCAAAGAUUCAGAAUGGGAAGACGUCCACUCAGGAAGGAAAAGCUACAAGGUCGCCUGUGGAAAGUAGAAUGGUGCUUCCUUCUGUGAGGUUCACCUACACAAAAACAAAGGACCAAAAACAGAGGCCCGAAUCAGGAGUAUCUCUGUCGUCGUCCACGACGGAACAAACAGAAUUAUCGGGCUCGUCCUUCUCAACACUGCGGACUAUAGAGUCGUCAGAGGAGUCCAAGUCGUCUAGUACCCGGUCUGCGGCCGUGACAACCACCACGGGGUCCAGUUCGGGGGAAAGCGAGUCUUCCAAACGGUCGACAGGUCCCGAGCUCCCGCCAGUCAACCCCUCCCCUAGCCCUACCCUCAUGGCUUUCCCUAGCGACGGCAUCGCCAAGUUUUUCACCUCGUGGGCUCGCAGCUUUGCGGAGAGCGUCAACAACGACGACGACCAGAACUUGUCAACGGACAUCUUUUCCAGAUACAGCCUCAACAAGAGAUCAUUCCUCAAGGCCAGAACUCACAACAGCGCCCGCGAAAAUCCCUCUAAUCUUCAACAUCUUAAUAAAGACUCCCGGACUUCAAGAAGCGCGCCUAGUUUGACUGCUGCUCAAGACGCUGAAGACAUGUCUUCAAAGGAUGGUGACUCUUCUCUCCUGAGAGAUCCCAAGUUUGCGGAUGGAGCCGUCAGUCCCAGUAAUUACCCAAUCAGAGACGUGUUGCCUAACGGGAUACCUGUGCAGCGGGGCCUGCCGGGAAGGAAACUGAAGGCCCCGGAUGUAUCCACUCCGACCAAGAUCUCUCUGCAGCAGGGAUGGCGGGAAGACGACCUGUCCGGCUGGAGCACGCCGCCCAUGUACCAGGGGGAUGUCAUUAUAGUUAAAGACGGGGUGGACCUGGAGAAACUAAGGGAUCAGAAUACGAACGGCCCUCCGGCUUUUCGUCCUCAGCAUUUGAAAACUCCGCUGCAGAGAGCGCGAGACAUCGUGCAAAGGAGGCUGGGUAAUCCUGUCACACAGCCAGAGGUACAUAUCAGCAGUUCUCCCACUGCGAGUCCUCCCCGCCGGUGGAAAAGCUCCUACUCCAACAUGUACGAACCGACCAAACAGCGCAGCGGGGAACUCAGGGCACAGUCCGAGCAGAGCCCGAGGGCACACGCCAAACACACCCUCGGGCAGCAUGACGUCACUGACCCAGGGCAGAGGGUGAUCUCCAGACCCAGUCGGGACGGAGUGCAUCGGAAAAUCGAGAAUCCCCCUCCAUUACGGGACAGGCACGAACUGGCGUCACGUGAUCCCUGGAACUACGUCAUGCAAUAUAUGGGGCGUGCCCCAGCGGUCAAGACAUCCAACGCUCUCAGACACUGAUCUUAAACACAUUUAAUUUAUUUCUCUUCCUCAAACAUACAUUGACAGGGAAAUACACACAUAUACAUGUCUAUAUACCCUGAAUUACGUAGGUUUGUUACAAAACAUUGUGCUUACUACAUGUGCUGAAUAUCACAUGUGCAUGAGACUGACAAAAAUGCAUUAUAUAAUAACAAACACUAAACAAAGAUCCGAGCUCACAGGCUGAUGGUUGGACCAGGAAAUAGAGUUAUUAUAGAGCCUAACUGCAGUGUGCAGGAAUGACUGUUUCAGUCGUUCAGUUCUGGCCUUGGGAAGAGUGAACGCAUUAUUGUUCCUCAGUUGUCUGCCAGUGGCGGUGCGUCUUUGAGGAGGCACAGGAUCAUGCAGUGGAUGAUCUGGUUUUAACAUAUUAGAAUCGUCUGUAAACUACGACAUGUGACCUGUUUCAAUAUCUGUAUGAAUAGGCCACAAACCUGUUGUGCAGUACUAGGUUAUCAUAUAUAGAACGUUACAUAAUAUGUAUGUAUAGUAAAUGUACAUGGUUAAAUACAAACACUUUGGGGUAUCAGUGCAGAUGUGAAGUUAAAAUGGGUGCUGCCGUGAGCAGAAACUCUUGCUGGCUAAUCUACGGCAUUGUUUAGAUAUUCUAGUGUUAAAUGAAUAUAUGAACCUGAUUAUGAUGAUUCAAUAAAUGUCACGAAAGUACACCAAAAACAUAACCACGUUAUCAUACAUAUAUGUGUCUGACAUGAAAUACAUCUAAUGUUCAAUUGAUAACUUUGGCAUCUGUAUGUAUAAGCAGAAUGCCGACUUCACAUGGAUACAUUGUCAUAUGCAUUAUAAUAUGAAUAAUGCGCAGAACACGGUAUAAUAAACAAUACAUCCGUUAUCAUUGUUUCCUCAUCAUAAGGUAGGUUGUAUUGUUUCAGAAGACGGUGUAACUGAAACUACUAGUUAAAACUCCUAAGUUUUGUUCAUUCACUGCAAAGCCCAUCAAACGGCUUCCCCUGGCGCCCAAUGUUAUAUUGCAGUCACAGGUAAUUCACACAGAGUUU